AUGUUUCGACAACUUAAGGACAAUAUCAGAUUCAAAACACAUGUUGUUGCAGCAGCACCAGCAACUUCCCCACAACAACAAUCAAUAACAAAAAUAAUAAGCUUCUGGGUUGAUGAAGCUCCACCAUCUCUAUUUUAUUAUUCUACUACUAUCAUCCCACAUCAUGCACAACAUUAA